GCCUUUGUAGAGCCUGACUGAGCCAACGAAAUGCACAUUAUAUCCAUUUUCAAUGAAAAACCUUCGCUAGACCAGUGAGCUGAAAAGUAUGUUUUUUCUUUUUUAAUAAUUGAACAUAUUUUAUUGAUAACAAUGCUAACCAUUAAAAUCCUAUUUACAACUAAUUCACUUUAAAAAAAACUAUUUUGUCAAAACACUAUUUACAAGUCCUUUCAUUAAAAAAAACCCCUUAGUCUUGAUUAGAAAAAAAUUCAUUUAAUUAAACAAAAAUUAUUCAAAUUAAGAACAUUUCAUUUCAAUUAAAACAAUUCAUUUUGAUUAAAAAAAAAAGAAACUAUUUCAAGGGCAAUUGCAUUCUUACUAAGGAAAUCACUGAAAAAAAUCACUAAAAAAGAGGAAAAGUAGUUAAUGCAACUGGAAAAUCAAAUUUUAGAUAGUUCAGUGUUAAAAAUAUAACUAGCUGCCCUUAUGGAUGGGUUUUGAAUUGUAAUUUAGGUGGUUUUUGCUUUUUUGCUUUUUAGUUUUAACGUACAAUAUAAUGUAUACAAGUCAUGGAUAACUUAACUGGUAAGGUAUAAUUUAAAAACCUUUAUGUUAGUUAAUUGUUUGGAUCUUGUGCUUUAUAGGGUCGGUCGACUCUCAGUCAACAUAUCAGCCGAGUGUCGGUUGACUGUCGAUUGAGUACCAAUCGAGUAUAUUGCAAAUAUGUUUGUACAUGCAUGCUGGAGGUGCAAUAUGCAUACUUUAAAGUAUGCAUUGUUUAACUUGCUUUAUACAGUAUUUAAAUAAUGCUUUAUUUUUAUUGAAUUUAUUACUUGAAGGGCUUUCAUCUAAUGCUCCAAGCUAUCCAUCAUUUCCACUUAAAGAACAGUUGCUGAAUGUAUUGGAAUCUAAAGAGGUUGAUUUAGAUGCUCUACUAAAGCUCCUUGGAGUAGAACUGAAAGCUUCUCAGCAUCUCAAGACUGUUCAUGAAGUAGUGAACACUUAUGAAGAGGAAAAUGGACAGCUUUCUUUACAAGCAUGGGAAACUAUAUUUCAAGGGCUUGGAUAUUCAGAAGACUUUCUCCAAGUCCUAGCUCAUUUCAAUGAGCAACGCCAUUGUCAAGGUAAAAAGAGUGCAGUGUAGUGUCUUGUUUAAAGUACAAGAAACUGAAACUCUUUACACAAGUACACUUGCAGUUAUAUGUAGCUAGUAGGGUGCUGCAUAAUGGUGGUUGAACUGUAUUAACUUUUUUGUUAUCAUGAAGUGCCUGUGCUGUGAAUUUCGUUUGCAUUUUAAACCCACUUUUUUUUCAUAUUCAAUACCUUAGUUAUUAAGUUGCUAAAUGCCAGAAGGCACUACACAUGUAGUAGGGUAGCCUGUUUUUAGAGAUCCACAUUCACGUUAUAGGGAGCAGCAUGCCAGUCAUUCUUAAAGUGGCAAGUGGUGCCUUCUGAAUGUCUCUGAUCCCUGGUUAUGUUCUGCUUGCAUAAACAAAUGAAAAUAAUAAAGGAAUGCAGGCUAGGGUUUCAACACAGAUUGGCACUGACAACUGAUGAAACACAUAUUGGCAACUUUGCUCAGAGAAGUCAGCGACUUUUUUGCCUAAAUUGAGAAUUUUAUCGACUUGAAUGUACUUUUACCUUAAUUUUAAAAAAUUAUUGUGCAUUUCAAUGUGCAAUAAUUUAAAUAAUAUUUAAAAAUAUCCAUACUGCUUGGAUAGUUACAGUCCCACUCCUAAACUGCACCACAAUUAUGUUUGGGGUUUGGAUAGUCACAUGAUGGUAGCUGCGAGAGAAUGCCCGAAACACAUUGGCAACUUUGCUCAGAGAAGUCAGCUACUUUUUCACCUAAAUUGAGAAUUUGAUGGACUUGAAUGUACUUUUUACCUUAUUAAAAAAUAAUUAUUGCACAUUUUAAUGCUCAUUAGUUGCAAUAAUUUAAAAAUAUCCAUACUGCUUGGAUUGUUACAGUCCCACUCCUAAACUGCACCACAAUUAUGUUUGGGUUUUGGAUAGUCACAUGGUAACUGUGAGAGAAUGCCUGGACAGAGAGUGGGAUAUAUCAAACCCCCUAGAUGCCCCCCCCCCCCCCCCCCCCCCCCCCCCCCCCCCCCCCCCCCCCCCCCCCCCCCCCCCCCAAACCAAAAAUUAUACAAAUCACAACAACAACACUGUGUUCUUUAAACAUAAAUCAAUCUUUUUAUAAUUUUUUCUUUUCUUUUUUUUUUUUUUAUUUUUUUUUUAUUUUUUUUUUUUUUAUUUAAAAAAACCUCUUGUUUGUAUUUAUUUAAAUUAUAUGCACUCUCCAAAUCCCCCCCCCCCCCCCCCCCCCCCACCCAUCCCUGCCUCCGGGAAUGAAACCCCUGGAAAUGAUAAUAUUAUUAAUACCGUCAUAAUGCAUGGCUUGUGCAUUAAGCAUUGAUGCCAAUUCAUUAUAAUUUCUAUCCAUUUGAUUAAUUGGAUCUGUCAGUUCUAUAAUUAUUUGGUAUUAAAAUAAACCUCUUGUGGUGACUGGUAUACCAGAGGAUCAUGCCUGCAGCUGAGAGAUUGUCCUCUUCUCGGCCAAAUGUGAAAUUUUGAGGACAAUCUUUCAGCCAAGGGCAUUAUCCGCCGAUAUAGGAGCAAGCCAGAAGGGGUUUAUUUAUUUUAUCCUCUGAUUAAUUUCUAACAUGUUGGGAGAUCUGAGAAAGUUGUGUCUAGUUCAAAAUUUUAGUGUAACUGGAUUACACAAAACAAGUUUGUUUUUAUAAUAUUUAUUACUGCUUCGAUUUGAAAUUAUUAAGAAAAUAAAAACUGAAAAGAGACUCACUUUGUUCACUUUGUCAUACUUUUGCACCACUGAAAAAUCGCAGGGCAAAUAUCGAUGUGAAUGGGGUGUAUUGCCUGAUACCCACCCUUCGAUUUGCUACCACAUGACCCAAAUCAGCCCAUAAAUCAUGUGAAAAUUAAUCAGUGGAUUAUAAGUGUACUUUAUAUGCAUUGACAGUUAUACCAGGGUUUAGACUCUACAGAUGUAGCAGUGAUAUACAUGCAUGCAUACUCAUUGUCCUAAUAUUAAUUUUUUAGUGAUUGUAAAGUAAUCAAAUUGAUUUUCUGGCUGUACAAUGUACAUGUAGGUCCUGCUGAAUUAGCCAUGGCCAAUCUGCAGACCGGCACAGAGAAAAAAAAUGAUGAAUCAGGGGCGUCGAGUACUGGUGAGUAGUCUAUUGCUCAUUAAUUUAGGUGUAAAAACUUGCAUUACGUACUCUUUAUUGGGCUGGCUGUGGCACCCAAUCUAAAAAUGAGUCACCUCGUCUGUGCAGCAAUAAGGCAAAAUGGCAGAGGGAUGCAAGCUUUCUCUUCCAAAAUGUGACAGCAAAUUGAGCCUGUCACAUUUUAUAAACAUAGAAUGACAAUAAGUUAUGGAAUUACCAGUUAGAUCAAACUAGUCACGUUAUACUGUCAUGCUAUUACAGAGGGAUUGGGGGAAGGGGGUGCAUUGUGGAAAUGUCACAGUUAAAAAUAAGGCCAAUCGUUUCUCAUUUCAAAAGGCAGACUUGCCUAUUUUUAUUCGUAAUUAUAGUAGAAGUUACUACAGCCCCGACUUAAAAACGGUAUCCACCUUUUUGUUAGUUUUUGUUAGUUUGGGCCUAAAAAUAGGGAGAAAUGCAUCACAUAUAGUUAGCCUUUUGGCUGAAGGUCCUCUUUUACUGAAAAAGUUAAACCUGUUUGGCUUUUGAGGGGAGGGGGCCACUCAUUAUAGAAAUAUACAAACAGAUUUGGAACAAAAAUAAAAUUUCGGUGGAAACUUAUUAGCCCUAGCUAAACUUCAUAGUCAUUCAUAGUUGGGCUUAUACCCCUGAUUUUUAUUGUUGGGGACAAUCAAAUUAAACUGGACAAGUUGCUACGCAGAACAUAUUUGGAUGACUAAUAUCUUGCAAACUUGCAACAAAAACACCAUUCUUGCAUGGAGUUUAUUACUAGUCAUGACUGUUCAUUAGCUAUUGUUUCCAGACUCUAAAACAAUGACCAGACUGGUAAUUUACACUCAUAAAAGUUCUCUGAAAUUGGCCCCAGGACUAAUUUAGUCAAUUGUACAACUUCAAAUGACAGUACGUGUAUUCCUAUCUCUUUCCACGGGGUAGGAGUACCUAUACACUCAAUUCGGAAAAUAGUAUAAUAAUAUUAUAAUUUGUACUUCCAAAAAUAUGAAACCACGGCAUUGCUCAGUUGACAGCCCAGUGUACCCCGAUUAUGGGGUCUUGUUUAUGUUGUCAUCUAAUGGCAUUUAUGUACAUGUACACUCUACCAUGUAUUAUUAAUGUACCUCACCAAUUAACUCAGCAGUUAUAUUCAAUCAUUUCAUGCCAUCUCUUGUUCAAAUUGAUUUUGCAUUUACAUAGUUUGAUAUAAUAUUUCUUGGUUGAUGUACUGUAUUUUUAUAGACAGAGGAAAUUAAAAUGGUAAAUACACUUAUUCUAAUUUCGGAAUAAUUGAAUUAUUUAUUUUCUGUCACAGUUGUAUUUAUGUACAUUUAAAAUAUUGGUUUACUUAUUAAUGAGCCAAAAGCACAUUCUGAUUCAAGCACAUUGAACUAUGUGCUCAUGAGCAAAUUAUAGUAAUGUCUUUUUGUGUGUUGCUGUUAAUGUUGAAGUGAAUAGAAACAUAACUAAUAGGAAAUGUGGCAUGGUUUUUUUAUUUUCAUGCUUGCCAGCACACAAUUCUGAACUGAUUCAUUUGUAUUUAUUAUUCAUUUAAUCUAUUACUCUUUCUCAGAUUAUGUGUCUCCUAAGGAAACAAAAACUGAAAAAGGUGGUGUGCAUCAUUAUCAACACUCAGUGGCAAUGGCAGCAAAAUUGUCUGAUCAACUUGCAAUUAUUGUUAAUGAACUAGACAAUAGUGCACUUGACACUGCAGCAGCAGCUGUAAAAGUGACAGAGGGACCCUUGUCUCCACCAGUUACACAAAUGCCUUCAUCUGGAGAACAGCCUUCAUGGGGUUUGCCCAUUUUUUCUCCUGAAGAUACAUGUAUGCAUUCAGAGGACCAUUUAACAAACUUUUCCAGUCAAAGCUCUACUAGAGCCCCAGGGGCUGAAGUAGACGACAGUGGUUUUUUCUCAGUUCUGAACAGUGACGACAGUGUUAUGUUGUCAGGUGAUAAUGAUGCUUCAUCUUCAUCAUCAUCAUCACUGAACAGCAUUAUCAAAACAGCUGAAUGCUCAACAUCAUCUCAAACUGGUGCACCCAUGGUGUGCCAUGAAAGACCAGUGUCAGAAGCUAUUGCACCAGCAGCAUUGCAAACCAGUGAACCUCUGAGCAUCUCAAGCCAGUGUGCGUCGUUUACCACCAGUGUCUCAAACCAGUCAAAUGAAUUGGUUGAUAGCCAGUCACAGUCAUUUGACAGCAUCUGCAGUGAAACAGACCAGCAACAGAAUGAAACAUCUGAAACUGAAGAAGGUUACAAUGCAGGUUCAUCUUUCUCAAUAAUGUCUGGCCCAUCUAUUUCCAAUCAUGGGUCAGAAGCUUCUUCAAGAACAGCAACUACAUUUAAUACAGCAGCAUGUUUUCCUCCAGCUGGACAUUGCAAUGGAACAAAGAAUUAUGAUGCUUCGGGAAAUGUUAGUCUUGUUGAAGAACUGCAAACGGUAAAUUUUAUUUGCUAAUGAGUCUUUUUUAAUAAUGGUAUAAUUGCAUGUGGUUUUUGGUGAUUUGACCAUUUUUGAGGCACUUCUAAUAUGCCAUGGAUUUUUUUGUUUCAUCUCUAGAAAAUUGAGGAGCUUCAUGCAAAUGUUAUUUUCCGAGUGGAGGUAAAUCUGCUUAAUUAUGACGUAAUUAUUUUAAUACUCAUAUCUAUUGUAGUAUUUUUAACAGUUAAAUACCCUAAUGUGUUGAAUCACUCCUGGUAUUUAUGCCUAUAUGCAAAACUUGCUAUUACAAUUAGCUAUACUGUUUUACUGUUACCUUUUUAUCGAAAAAGGUCCCGUAAUGUAUGGAGUUCAAAUUAUGCUGGCUUCUUUUUAACUUAAUGUACCGUGUUAUCAACUACCGAUCUUUGUUUCAAGAAAGCCUCUUGUGGUAAAUCUUUUUUGUUUUAAUUAUUUAUGUUAUUUGGUAAAUUUGAAGGAUUGAUGAUGAUGAAUUUUAUAUUUUUAAUCGAUAAUUUAGAGGUUACAGAACCAGAUAUUAAUUUGUCAACAUGUUCAAGAUCGAAACAGCCGUUUGCAGCAGGCAUUGUUGGUAAGUCAGCUAGAUCUCUUGGCUAUUAAAAUUUCCAAUCUAUGCAAUCUAUUUUCCAGCAAAUUCACUGUUAGAAGCACUAGUACAAUUUAAACCAAUAAGGUGUUUAUGGUUGUUACACAAUGUAGAACAUGUAGCACUAACAUUAAAGAGGCACUUACCGUCCAGUGUAGUGGAAGAUCCCGGGAGCCUGGGGACCUGGACCCUCCUUUGCCCAAAGCUCCAAGGCCUCAAAAAUUUCCAGUGCGGUGAGUUUAUUGGAGAUGAGUUACUUCAAAUUGUGUAAUGUGAGUGUGAAGAAGUGAGAACUUAUAGACUGCCAAGAUAAAAUUUAGAAAAGGGAGACCAUUAUAAUAAAUGCCAGUAACUGACCUUAGAGGUGCUUGGAAACUGAAGGUCAUUGUAUUUCAACCAUGACAAUUAAAGCUACAAGGACUUUCAAGGCCUCUCAACCUUAACCUCUCAGCCUUUAUUUAAGUUCCACACCAUUCCUUUUCUGCCUUCGAACUCUCAUGUUAAUGUGACAAGAGGAAGGCAGUUCAAGUUAAAAUCUUCCCUUAUUUUUCAAAAUAAAGUAAAAUUUUAUGAUAUAAUUGGGAACAGUGCAUCUACUAUUCAUCAGACUAUUACAGAAGCCUUUAAACUGACGGUGUAAAUGUUAAUUAAAAGCAAAUGCAUUAGCUGAAUGAGCCACGUUUUGUCAGACAAUUGAUUGCAAAUAUUUGAAUUCAAAUUUAGAUUGUUUUGAGUGGGAAACCUACGUUGGUUUUAUUAUUUUUUUUUUUGAAGAUAUACAGCAUCUACAAUCAAAAUGUCAGGGUCAGUUUUGUCCAGCUUAAGGACACUCCCUUAGUUGUGUUUCUACACAGUGUAGAUUAGCUAGCUAUGCACUUGUAGUUCAGUCUGUAAAGUUGUCUUUCAGUACACAAAAUCUUUAACUGCAUGGCAACCAACUAUUUGGUCCAAUUAACAUGAACGUAAUUUAUUCAUCAACUGAUUGAAUUUUUCGUACAGGAAUGUAGGUCUCGAUGUGCUCGAUUAGAAGAGCAAAUGGAAGAGGUAUUUGGUAACAUACAUAUCCUAGUGUCUUAUUACCGUGUGGCACGAAAUGUUUGCGGGAGUUUAUUUUUUGCGGAUUGGCAAUUUUUGUGUUUUGUGGGAACUAACUGAAUGAUUUUUGCGAUUAGGACAGAUUGUUGUUUUUUUUUUGCUGGGAAUUUAAAAUUUUAGUAAUUUUCACAAAGUAACCAGUACUCAGAAUUGACUGAUAUUUUCGUUUUUAUUGAGCACGUGCAAUGGAAAUACAUUAAUUUUUCUUAAACAAUAGUACGGUGUGUACCCUUUUUCCUAAAACAAGUAAAUCAUUGUAUACCGUUUUGUUUUUGAAUGAAAGAGACAAGUUGUAAUUAAACAGACACCAUUUCUUAGCACUGUAUUUUUGUGUAGCGAAUUUAAGUUAGAGAAUAUUAUUUACUCUGGAGUAAAUUUUUGCUGGAAAAAUGUUUGUGGUAACUUAUUUUUGCCGCUCGCUGAAAAAAUCGUAAAAAUUAGAACCUGCAAAAAUUUUGUGCCACACAGUAUAUCCAACUUUUAACUGUAGAUGAUUAUAAGUUGCUGUUGUACUAGAGACAUUUGGAAACAAAUGUAUUCACAGUACAUUGUAUCAAAAUUCAGCCUGUUAGUGCAGUUAAUUGGUAAGGAUAUAUUAAAGCACUGCUUUGCUCUGAUCACUCCAUAGAAAUCCUUCUAAAAUUCUGGCUUGGAUUGUAGACGUCAUGAUCCAAGCCUAUUUAAGAAGGAUUUUUAUGGAGUCAUCAGAGCAAACUGGUGCUUACAUCUCCCCGCCAAUUUGCACUAACAGGCUGAAUUUUGGCAAGUAGAUAUUUUUCAUCUCCUUCUUUCUGGAAAUACCAACCUAUCCCAUAAUUUCACAAAUUUUGAUUUUUAUGACGUCACACUUAUCUUCUCUGUUGAGUAGACAACUGAUUCUUUGGUGUGGUAGAGCAAUAAUAUAUUGUAUUUUACCUUAUUUCCAACCCUGCCAUCAGCCAUUAUUAGAUAAAUACACAGUUAAGUGUCUUUGAAAGACUUUUCUUAUAAUCAAUAAACAUACAUUGUAUCGUGUACAUGUAAUUUUUUCUGUUAUACUUGCCAAGAGGGGCUUCAGCUCUCCCUUCUCUUAAUACCACGAGUUUUGAGAUGCAGUACUUUAAAUUUUUGAUACCAUUUUUUUUUUCAGUUUACCGUUUUUUUAAAUCAAAGUGCAGAGUUGGAGGCUGAAAGCCAACGGUUAAUCAGGAUGACCCAAGAGGUAAAAUUGAGUAUUAAUAUUUACUAUCAACUAUCAACUGCACUGAAUAUGACAACAGAAAAAAAAUUGCCGACUUCUCGUGAUUGUAUAAUCAAAAGCCUGAUCAGUACACAAAUUCAACGUUUUUUUUUUUGCAUCAUCACUAGGAUCUUAAUUUUGUAAUGUAGAGGGUACAUAUGAGUGCGAUUUUAUUGCUCCUGUAGAGCGUAGUCCUGAUUACGUCUCUUAUCGAACGUUUCACCAUUGUGGAGGCUACUUUGGCUGUCCCAGCACAAACUUUUUCAAGGAUUUUCUUAAGGCCUUUAGAGCUUCACUUUGAAGUUUCAUCCUCGUAAUUCGUUUACACAAAAGUCACGUGAAUAAUCAUGUAGUAAAAGCACUACAUGUGGGACGCUCUCUCCCUUAAUUUGUAAUUGCUGUUAGUAUUAAUUGUAGGUUAUUUUGGUUAUGAGUCUGCAACCGUUUAAUGUGUAGUUCCAAAAAAUAUCCAUACCCCCUUCCCCACGGAGGGCACUGUUGUUUUAGAACCCCACCCCCCCGAAUUUCCGUAAUUUUCCAACUUGGUUUGGUACCCCCUGGGAAGAAUAUUUCCUUAAAAAAUGCCGUUGCACUAUUUUUUUAUGCAAAAGAUAAUUGUUUCUGCGAUAAAGAAAGAACAAAUAUUUUUAUAUAUGUUAAUCUAUUCGAUUUUUGAAAACCAACCUAACGAAAUUUGCAGUCAUUUGAGUAAAAGGCGUCACAGUAACAACGGAAAAGGAAAGCAGAAAAGAAAGAGCGAGGAGAGGGAAAGGAGGAGAAGAGAAAAAACAAUGGCUGUACUCUUAGCUUUUAUAAUAGCUGUCAAAAAUCCGGCUAGUAACACACAGUGUCAAACAAUCUCAAUUUUGCGGUCUGUACAGAGGUCUGUACAGCCCCCGAAAUGAUCCCGACCCCGAAAUGAUCCCCAACCGUGAAAUGAUCCCCAAAUCGACCAUUUCCAUUCGACCAUUGAAUCAUUUCGUUGACUUUCCCCCUUCCCUUUUAGGAUAAUCGAGAUAUAUCGCCCUCCCCAUGCUCAUUAUAAAGCUAAGCCCUAGGAACCCCUAACGCAGUUGUAAACGUACGUAAUGUGUAACCCACGGCUUUUAACUGCAAUAAAUUUUAAAAUAUUGGUUGAUUCUCUUUUAUUAUAGUGGGCUGAUUCAAAGGAAGAGGAGUAUAACAGGCUGCAAGAGGUAUUGAAAUUAAGUGAACCAAACACUUUACUUUACUGGAGGGUGUAAAAAGACUAUUAGUACUGACCACAAUACAACUGAUGGGUUUCUGCCUUGCAAAAUAUCUGAGUUAAACUGUCAGAAAAAUUUUACAACAUUUUAUGUCUUUAUGGAUGGCACAUGCUCAGUCUUGCUCACCCGCCAGGGUAGCAAUUAAUUUGGCCACCCUGCAGAUUUUACAGGAGCAAAUGAUAUUAUGUUUCCAGUGACCCCAUGUCCAGGGCCCCGUUAAGUGAGUUAAGUCACAAAAGUCACUUACGUGGUUCAGUUUCAUCUAUGUCCAGUACACUCCACCAGAUUCCAGUCAUCCAAUGUAGAGUCCAUUGGAGUUACUGGAAGUGUAGUCGUGAAACGUUUGGGUGGGUGGAAAAAUCGCCCACUGGAGCCGCAUCGAGUCCAUUGGAGUACAUGUCUAGCCGUGAAAGGAAACCCGGAAGUUUUAACAUUUUAAUGUCGGGGAGGCCAGAAUAGUUGUUCAGUGGAGUCCAUUGGAGUCCACUACAGUUAGCAGAGGUCUAGUGCUGAAAUAGUGCAGAAAUACCUCGUUCUGUUAGCCAUGACCCGAGACAAGCACGUUACACCAGGCGUAGUCAAUCGAUAAACCGAUAAUCAAUUGAUAUCCAUAUCUGAUACCAAUCGAUAGAAAUCGAUAAAGAAAAAAUGUGAUUUCCAUUAAUAUAAGGGAGAUUGAGAAGUUAUUUGAAGACCAUUUGAAAGAAGAACAUGAAGUUUCAAUGGGAAUUCUUAAAAAAAAGUAAACGCUUUUGAGGAGUAGUUUAGCUGGGACUUUGCUGAUAUGUAUUUCUAAAAAAAAAAGAAUAUUUUCGAUCAUGUUGAAGUAUGUUGGUUGAAUUUUUCAAAGUAAAAUGAUAAAAGAUGACUUUCUUUUCUUGAUGUAAAGCGUUGCAAACGUCUAGACAUUUUCUUUACACUCACCGAUAGUUUACUUAAAAAACAGAGUGAGUCAUAAAGUACUAUGUUUUCCACUAUUUAGAAGUAAUAACAUUCAGAAACCCUAUAGCUAAUAACUGUCGAAAUGUGUAAUAUAAAGGAUAUCUCAAGACUUAACCAAACGAUUCACAUUCUUAAAAUACAUAUGAAACUAACAAUACAGCUACACUUCAUGUGCAUCUUAUGCUGCCAUCUACCCAACUGAGGCUAACAGAUUAAUAAAGGAUUGACUGUGGUAAGAUAUUUCUUACUUGAGUGUUUUUUACUACUUUAUAUGUAUUUGUAGAGAAGAAGACUUGAAAAUGAGGCCCAGUCUGUGCGGAUAAGCAACCUGGAACGGAAGAAUGAAGAGGUGAGGAGUGGCAGCUAGUCGUGGACCUUAGCCAAUUGUCUUCGUCCACCUUUUUAAAGCUACGUGGUUUCCAGAGGUUAUUUUUUUGUUAUCCAAUUCCUGGUAGUUUGUGGCGAAGCCGCGUCCGCGCGUACCGAGAGAAAAAAAUUACAUAAUCGUUUCGGGAGCUUUAUCAAACGGUAAGCACGGUUUUUUUAUCCUAGGUAUUUUGAGAACGGACCUCUGGAGCAAGGGUAUUUUAAAGCUUAAAGCCAAAUGCGAAAUUCUUGAACUCAAUUCUUUUGCUUUGUGCGCAUGUGUCUUUGUUGAUGCGUAGCUUCUUAAAUGAAAAAAAGACCUGAUGAGGAAAUUCAACUGUAAAGUUAAUUAGCAAAAUUUUAUCGUUGAAAUGGGAAUUGUACUGACGGAUAAAGAUAAAAAAAAUAAUGGUAACUGGUAUCCGAUAUCCAAACCACCUUCUCGGUAUUGAAUUCUUUCAAUCUCACUUCGUAAAUCAUUAACGUGCUUGAGAAAAAAAUCUGUCCUCUGCCAUGAGGAUAAAAGUGAACCAACUUUAAUACGAGUAUUGUUAUAAACAAAAGGUUGUUCUUGUUUUUCAUUUUUCAGUUACAAUCCCACUUGGUUGAAAUGGGAAUUGCGAUGACGGAUAAAAAUGAAACUAUCCGAACGCAGCAAGAGGUAAAAAGGUCUUGUCCAGAGUAGAAAUGAAGUCUUUUGUAGAGGUGCUAUAGGGUUUUAAGUAAUAUUUCUAGGUUACCCUUUUUUAAGCAAUUUCAUUAUUUACCAAACGAUCUCAGAAUUGACUGAAGUGCUCAAUAGCUGUUUCAAAGGUUAGAAGAACUCAUGACAAAUACAGAAAACCCGCUUAAAAGGAGUUCGGAUGGGCAGCACUCAAGAAAAUAGGCCAUUUCCGAGUUUCAAAAACUCGCACUUUCAAAACAAGGCUAACUGCAAAACUGUUCUCGUGAAAAUGAGUUUAAUUCGCGUGACAAUAAAAAAUCAUUUUCAUACCGAUGGCUUUGCCCUUAGCGUCGCCUUGAAACAGAGGUUUGGAGUAACAUGGAGAUGGUCUAUUAAAACCGAUUGCUUUCAGCUGAAGUUGAAAAAACAUACAGACAAAGCAAAGCAAAGCAAAAUCAGCAGGCCGCUUUAUUCAAGUUUAUGUGGCGAUAAUUUAGAUCAGUAUAACCUACUCCUCCCCUAACUCAGCAGUAACACUAACUUCUCACAAAGGACCAAAUGUUGGGUUAGGGGAGUCAAUAUGUCAAUAUGCCACUUUCCCGAUAUCUUACACUGAUUCGAUCAUUUUGCCAAGCUGCCAGGAAAAUAUAUCUUUACUGCUGGUGUUCUUUUCUUCACAGAAAUGUAACAGGUUGAGCGAGGUAUGAGAUGUUUUAUUAUUACACCAUUCGUAGGUCCCUAAUUUCUCCCUUACUUGUUCUUCAGAGUAGAAUUUUAGGAUCAUUCAAGGCCGUUCUGACUUGUUUAACCUGGUUUUAUCGAUCGAGAUUGAGAACUCCACGCUCUUAAAAGUUUAGAGCAUAAAUUUGGCUAAGUCCACUGUUUUCAGAAUUUGUUGGACAAAAUACCUGUUAGAAUCCCUCUUGAUGUGCUCUUUCAUGUGUUUAGGUUUUCUAAAGUGUCUUUUAAUGCCCUGACAUCUUCGUUCAAAACAUUUUAAAACAAGAGACGUACGGAAGGUUGCCAUGGCAAUUUUGUAAUUUCACAUAUGAAAUUAUAAAUUAGUUUAAGUAAUAGCAUGAUUUGUAGUGAUAUUUGGCUUAAAUACCACGAGUGAUAUUUCGAAAUUGUUAUACGUAAAUUUGAGAAAAUUAGUGGUAUUUAUGCCAAAUAUCACGGACAAAUCAUGUUAUUAUUUGUUUAUACUACUAACCGCAAAAGGUUUGUAAUUUUCACAUGUAGGUAUUUCAAAUUAAGCUGAAAUACCACUGCUCUAAGCCAAUCAAAUUGCAGAAAUUUCUCAUGUAGUAGUAUAAAACGCUGAAAUUUCGCGCCAAAAUUAAGGAGCAAUUCGUCACCCAUGAUGUUAAGCAUGUAAAGGUGCACCCUUGCCAGGAUAUAGUUUCGAGCCCAGGCCUAAUAGCCGUGCGCUGGGUACAGCGAACUCAACCGAAUGACCAUUUGGUUGAUCAAUUAACGGAUACUCCCACUGGAAUAAACCUGUUUGGCGAGAGAAAACAAGAUUCACCUCAAAUCUUUUUCACACUGGAAAAACUAGACCUUUUACAGAGAUAACAAAAUGUCUAUAAUUUUUAAUUUGUAGACUUUUUGUAAAGGGGCAAAUCUUUUCCUCUUUCUCAAGAAGACUAAGGAAGGCUCUGCUCGCAGGGUGAUAAACAGUGGCGGAUCCAGGGGAUGGGCCCGGGGGGCCCGCUCUCCUCCUUAUGUUUAGACCAAACUGAGGCCCAAAGGGCCGAAAAAAGAAUUUUUUUUGACCGCUCCCCCCUUCCCUCCCCUCCCUUUUCUCAAGGUCCGGAUCCGGCACUGGUAAACGUGUGCAUCAAUGUUAAACUCUGAUCCUCAUGUGAGCUAUGAUACGUAAGAAAAUAAGGGAUUGAAUUUUGUCCGAGCAUUUUGGUGUAAGCAUCAUAUAUAUAAUUAUAUUAGAGCGACCUUUGGAUGAAAACGCGCGAACAAAACAGAAACAACAAACGAACGGAAAUAGAGCGAUUUGAUUGGUUUUAUCGAAUGGAUACAAACGCGCGUGGCUUUUGGUUGGUUAAGCGAACGCUCGGGUGAAAAAAAAGGUUCAUGUCCGAGAACUUUCAAGAAAUCAACCGAUACUUCGCUUUGAAGUCGUACUGGAACACGAUUGGCUAAUCGAACAAUGCCUUCUCUAUAUUAGAAUUUUCUUUUGCGGGAAAACGAAGAGGCCAUGUAUUGAUUUUUCCAUCCAUUGGCUGAUAAAACAAAUACCGAACGCUCACUGAAACCAUUUUUCAAGGUCAUACGAAAAUCGUUCCAACACUUUUAAGAGUUAAAACUGUCUUGUUGUCAUUGACCCCCUUUCUCGGUAGCUAUUUCAUUCCACACUCACAACAUCCUGAUAACUAUGUAAGCUUUUAAUUGCUAGUUUUAUUGGCACUAUGUAAACUAAAAUAUUGAAACUUUUUCUGGUUGCCUUCAUAGGAGUGUAUAUGGUUGAGAGAGGUACGACGUGUUUUAUCAUUACAUUUGAGUAGCGUGUGAAUUUUAACAUGCCUGUGAUAGUUUUUUGUGUUAUUAUUGACUCUUUAAUUUAUUCUUCAACUUUUGAUAUUUUUACUUCACAGGAAUGCGAGUGGUUGAAAAAGGUAAGGCAUGUUUUAUCGUCAAUUUGUAAAUUAAAUCCCUGAUUUUUAAUCGUUCCCUUUUUUCUGUCUGAACUCUUUAUAUCUUUAACUCCACAGGAACCUCACAGGUUAAAAGAGGUAUGACCUGUUUGAUUAUUACAGCAGUAAGUUAGCGGUUAGAACCGCGCGAACCUCGAUAUAAUCACCAAAGCAACUACAUUUAAAAAACGUGACUUACCGCUCGACCUCGUUCGUGCCAAGAGAUUGGUAAAAAUCUGUUACUGUGAAAUUCAGUUCAUAACACGACGUAACGUAACGUAACGAGUUUAACUAUUGAUCUCGAAAAUCGAAGCAUGAAAUAACUGAAAAGAGGUCAUAUUGCUUCAGGAGACAUUUAUGUCGACAAAACAGUGGUUUGGAGGACUUCGAACAGUAACUGAUAUUUGUGGAAACACGAAAACUAAUCAAAAAUGCAACGUCUGGACAAAAAAAAAACGAGAAACGGAGCAAAAUAAAUUUCGUCUACCGUUUAACGUGUAAACGGAGUUCUAUGAAUCUCCUUUGAAGAGUUCAGACGAGUUUUAUAGGUAGCUAACGAAACAAUAGAUGCAUGACCCAAACACUGUCUCUAGUCCUACAAACAAAUAGCAGGUGCUUUUUCAAAGGCCAGUGAAAAUAGAGGUUUUUGGUAACUUCUUGGCUCCAGGUGUAAGCGGGUACUGAGGCCCAGUUCAAACCUCGAAUUUCACAUGUGCCGAACUUAAUUCCUAUUUUAGGCGACUAAAAUAGUUAAAUAUGGCAUUUGAUUCAAACGUCGAAUUUAACUCUGUUCGCUGUCAAUAUUCCAGUCUCUCUAAAUGAAUCAUAAUAAUUUACUAGAAUUCAUGGAUUAAGUUCGGCACAUAUGAAAUGCGACGUUUUUAUUAAAAGUCGAACCUAAGUCGAAUCUUCGACUGUGUCAGUCGCAGAUACGGCGAAAGUCGCAUUUAAUUUAAACAGUCGAAUUUAAUUGAUUCAAACGUCACACUUCACAUGCAUUUAACUCUCGCAUUAAGUUCGGCACACGUGAAAUUUGAACCGGGCCUAAGUGUAACUGGAACUGUGCGUCAUUUGCACUUAAGUCCUCACAAGCUUGUGCCUGAGUGUAAUUUUUGAGAUUGUAUUACCCAGAUUGACCGCGUAAAUAUACAACUUUGCUCAGGUUUGUUGACCACUGAAUAAUCGUCGAAAAUUUUUUUUUUUUUGGUAGACAAUCAGGACUCUUAGAAUGGUAAUCGAUCAGUUGGAUUCUCAGAACGCUUGCAUGAUAGCGGAUAAUCAAACAAGUGACAGUGCUACGUUAAACUGUUCAUUCCAGGUUUGUAUUCUGGUAUUCAAUAGCAGAGCCGAACGGUGGCACGAGCGGAUCCCCAAAGCGUGUUUAAAAAUAGCACAGCGUACAGCGUGCGGUUUUCUUUUCUUUUUUUUUUGGACAUUCGGUGUAUCCCUAAGCGAAUGCAAAGCCAAGCUAUGCUUAUAUAGUUUUGAAGCUAUGGUCGUGGCAAGAAACUAAUUGCGUAAGUUUACACUGAUACAUUUCCUGAAUUUUGCGCGGGUAAUACCUUACAGUGUCUUUUCUAUCGUCCUUAGUCUACCUCAGGCGAAAGAGGGGCUGAUGAUGUUACUCAUAUUUCAGGGUCCAGCCAGCACUCAGGUAAACAAACUAAGCGUUAAUUAGUGACCUUGUAAUUGGUGUUUAUAUUAGCUUACCGCGGUGAAGAAGAUAUCAACACGUCUUUCUACAUACCCCCUCCAUCACAGAUAGUAACAAACCUUGUUGCCUGAUAGUUUUUUGUGAAUGUUAACGAUGUUUGAAUUCUCUACCAACGUGGUCUCUGUGAUGUAUUCUAUAAUUAUAACCAGUACCCAGUCCUUCGGUGCUAACAGUCUUGUGUUCCAUUUAUUUAAGUGUGAAGUAAGUAGCGUAUAAAGAUCUGAAAACAUCACCGUCGAAACUCAUGUAGCAACUACUUAAUGUUGUCAAAAGAGUUGAAGAGCGACCUCGUCCCCAGGGCUUUUCCCUCAAAAACCCAUUUUUUGAGGGAAAAGCCCUGGGGACGAGAUGGGUUGAAGAGUCCACUGAUUCUUCUUCUUCUUUUUCUUCUUUUGUCAGACUCUGGGGAUUCUAGUAAUGACGACCUGUUUGAAGAUGCCGUAGAAUACUUGUGAAAGCUUCUAACACUUCUCUUCCAACUGACCCUAAAAGAAAAGCGUUGCCAUUAAUGGCAUUAUUAACAACACCA